AUGUCUCACGACGAAGAACAUCCGUAUCUUUCUCCCGCGGAGAUAACCCGUAGAGAUUUCCCAGAGUAUUUCUGGGUCAAUCAACAAAAUUCCUCCGAGUGCAGCGGAAUAGAAUCGAGCGAAAUCUACAAUAAGAGCGCGAGCAGCGAUAUCAAGGUGGAGUUCAAGAUGCCAAAAGAGGCCGAAGUGGGUUCUUCGAUCGAGCUGAGAUGCGAGUGGCGAAUAAUGAGUGGAAGCAAUCUCUACUCGGUUAAAUGGUACAAAGAUGAUCAUGAAUUCUUCCGAUAUGUGCCGGACAGCAGCCAAAGGACUCAGACAUUCCCCCGACCAGGCGUGACAGUCGAGACGAAAGCGAAUAGCGAGCAGCGAUGGUUAAGAUUGAAGAACCUCGCCCUGGAGAGCUCCGGUCAAUACAAAUGCGAAGUUUCCACCGAGGCGCCGUCUUUCGCCACUACGUAUCAAACAGCCAAUCUAACGGUGAUUUCACCUCCGGAGAGGGGACCGGAAAUCACAGGCCUGUCCUUGCACUAUGCCCCCGGCGAGAACGUGACUGCCAACUGCACUGCCUGGCCGUCCGUGCCUAAGGCCAAUCUACGUUGGACCAUCAACGGCGAACCGGUAUCUCUCGAGAACACUGUUCAGCACCCACCGUUGCCGCCUAUGAGUAGCGGAAACAUUCCCAACAGUCUGGGGCUACGAUUGGAGGCUGAACCUCGACACUUUGAUAACAACGAACAGAUCAAGAUCAAAUGCUUCGCCGAGGUCGGUUCGCACAUAUACGAGGCCGAGCGUAGGGUGAUGAAGGCGCAGCUGAACAACGAGAGGCUCAGCGCUGGUGAUAUGCACGCGGCUGCAUGCAGCAUCCGUGCCAACAUCCUCGUUCAACUGCUCACGGCGAUCCUUGCGCUCGUUCUGCUCACAACGUGACCUAUCGGCCUCCUUGCGUGAG